AAUUCUCAACCAAAAAAAGAAGAGGGAAGAAAAGAAAAAAACCAUGGCUACUACUGUGGCUACUCCUGUGGAAAUCGCCCGUACCUCUUCUUUAGCAUCAAGAGUUCUUAAGGCAGUCUCGGCUUCGGACAGGAGCGCAGCACUCACAGCUUUCUAUGAACACCUUCAAGCCUCCAAAGACGAAAUCCUCAAAGCCAACAAGAAAGACCUCGAGGCCGCUGAAGAGCAGGCCAAAGCCGGAAAAUUGAGCAUGAGCCUUAUCAAGAGACUUGACCUGUGUAGGCCUGGAAAAUGGGAGGACAUGGUGCGAGGGAUCCUAGAUGUGAGGGAUCUGGAAGACCCUGGUGGGCCAUGGCCCCUCCCCACAAUCGAUAUUUACAAAGAGAGAGAGAGCAUUUUCCGCUAAUACAGUCAUGCCCUGAGCGCUUCAGUUGGCAAGAUAACACUCGCCACAAAACUCGAUCAGAACCUCGACCUAUACAGACUAACCUCCCCCAUCGGCGUCCUCCUGGUAAUCUUCGAAGCACGGCCAGAGGUAAUAGCAAACAUCACAGCCCUAGCCCUCAAAAGCGGCAACGCCGUGAUCCUGAAAGGCGGUAAAGAAAGUGCCCACUCCUUCGCCGCCAUCGCGGACGUGAUCUCCACCGCUCUCUCCACAACCUCCAUCCCACCGGAAGCUGUCCAAUUAGUGCUCAGCCGUGAGGACGUAAAUGGUCUCUUGGACCAGGACCAGCACAUUGACCUGGUCAUCCCACGAGGCGGGAAUGAGCUGGUACGGUACAUCAAAGACCACACCAAAAUCCCGGUUAUGGGGCACGCGGAUGGCCUCUGCACGAUAUACUUGCACGCAGAUGCGGACGAGGGCAAAGCCGUGAAGGUUGUCCUGGAUGCGAAGACGGAUUACCCAGCCGCGUGCAAUGCCGUUGAGACGCUGCUGGUCCACCAAUCCAUCUCCUCCACCAUUCUUCCGAAAAUUGCCGCAUCGCUGUUGGCAGCGGGGGUCUCCCUUCGCUGCGAUACCGCGUCCAAGACAGCCCUGCAGGCCUCGUCGCUUCCGCCUUCCUCGAAAGCUAUCAUUCAGGAUGCGACGGCGGAGGACUACGAUACGGAGUUCUUAGAGUUGACCCUUGCCGUUAAGGUGGUGUUGUCGGUGGAGGAGGCAGUUGAGCAUAUCAAUGCUCAUGGGUCUGGGCAUACUGACACCAUUAUCGCGGAGGAUAAGGAAGUUGCGGACAAGUUCAUGACGGGGGUGGACUCUGCGGGCGUAUUCUGGAACGCAAGUACUCGCUUCGCCGACGGUUUCAGGUACGGAUUUGGCGCUGAGGUUGGGAUCUCAACGAAUAAGAUACAUGCCCGGGGACCCGUGGGGUUGGAAGGGUUGAUGAUUUACAAGUACCAGCUGAGAGGUAACGGGCAGGGAGCUGGUGAGUAUGGCAAUGGGAAGAAACCCUUCUUGCAUCAAAAGAUUGAAUAUUGAGGUGGUGUUCUUUCGUGUUUUACUUAUCGUCCGGGUGGAUGGAUGGAUCAAGUUUUCAAUUAGAGUCAACUUUCGAGUGAGAUCUUGUGAACGCAGCGGGGAUAAUCUCGGUUGCUUGGGCAUCGUGAUAGGAACGAUGAACAAACUUUCCGGAGCGUCAUACCAGCAGCUCUCUAACCCCUAAGUGCGCUUCUUUACACUAUUCCCCGGUGACCGUUGUUUACGCAUUAUUAAAUAUUAUAGUCCGGUAGGGUAAUCCACCCCACACCUACUUACGAGAAACUAUU